AAAACAAAGUGUUAAUCUAUAUUUAUAUUCUAUUAUUAAAAUAAAUCAAGCCAUCUUCUAUAGUCUUCCAUCGACAGCACCACCAAAGCCACCAUCUGGUCCACCACCAUCACAUCCACCACCACUCGGAACCCAUCACAGCCACCACCAUCUCUCCGCCUUUCUCCGAUCAAAUCCACAAAAGCCUUCCUCUUCGUCCUCUUCUUCUUCCUCAACAAUGGGCGCUUCGUGGCAAAAUAAAUAGACACCCUACUAGAAUAUAGUGUAAAUUAGGGCCAUAUUAACCCCUUAGGAAAAGCCUUUCAUUCACUGCGGUAUUCUGAAUUGUCAUAGGCGGUGGCGGCAUCGGUGUGCAGCGGAUCGGGUGGAGGGGGAAGUGAGUUUAUGGGUUAAUGAAGGAAGAAAAUGGUGAAAAAUACAAAGUUGCCCCAAUUACAUAAAUAAAAUUACCCUAAUACCCCUGAUUUUAUCAGAUCGAUAAACUUAUAUUUUCUGUGAGUGAAAAUAGGAAGGUAUUUAUUCGGCCAUCCUUUUUUCCCACCAAAACAAAACCCUCUUCCAUUCGCCUCUCUUUUCCCAGUUCCCACCAUGAAGCAAACUCCCACCUCCGGCGAACCCGAAACCCUAAUGGACCUCACCGGAUUCGAUCCAACGGUCGACAUCUCAUCUCAACUGAUGCAACGCUACUCAUCUUCCUCCGCCCCACAACACCACCACCUCAUCGCCACCGCCGCCGCCGUCAAAUCCCUCCUUCUCGAAGAAUCUCUCCCUCUCUCUCCUCUCUCCUACUUCGCCGCCGCCAUUAACGAACUCUCCAGACCUCUAAACGACGCCGCUUCUGCCUCUGCUCUCGCCACUUUCCUCUCCAUUGUUCUCUCGCUUGUUCCAGAAAGUUCCAUUUCUUCCGAGAAAGCGGCGGAGGCUGCGAUGAUUUUGGUUACGGUUUUGGGGAGUGAGGAGAGAGAAUUGAUUGUUGGGUCUGCUUCUAGUGCUAGGUGUGUUGUUAAGUGUUUAGGGGUUUUGUUAGGGUUUUCCGAUUUUGAGGAUUGGAGUUCUGUUGAUUUGCCCUUCCAAACUUUGCUUAAUUGGUGCACUGAUAAGCGCCCGAAGGUUAGAAAAUGUGCUCUAGUGUACUUGGAGAAUGCUCUUAAAUCUUUUCAGUCUGAGACUGUGAAGAAAAAGGCGAGUGAAUUAGUUAUGUCUUUAUUGGAAAGUUUUAUGUCUAUUGCGAUCAAGUUGGGUGUGAUACAAAGUGUGGAUGGAUCUGGAAGUGAGAGACAAUGUGAAGCUGAGCAGUUGGACAUCGUGCAUGCGUUGAACAUUGUGAGGGUUGCUAUACCAUAUCUUUGUGGCGAAAGUAGUGAGAAAAUCAUUUUGAAAUUAAUCGAACUUCUUGAUUCACGCUCUUCUACGUUUUUAAGGCCUGUUCUUAAUGCUAUUGAAGUAUUCUUAGAAAAAGUUGAAGUUGGAUUUAGUACGCAAUUAGCUGGGAAAGUAAUUGAUGCCCUUUCGACAUAUGUAUCUUCAGAAAUGAAAUCCAAUGACAGCAUCAUUUCUGCAGCAAACUUACUGAAGAUUACUCUUGACAAACUUCAUGCACGAGACACUGGCAAAUGGAAUAAGAGUCUUCCUGUUGGAGUUAAUGCCAUUGCAGGGCUUCUUACACGUGAGGCUGAUAUUGCUUCAAAGUCUUCGAGCAUUUUGAGGAAAUUGAUUGAUGAACAAUUGUCUGAUGACAUUAAUUUCCAACUAGCUAAUGUAGAGGAAUCAAAAGCAAUUGCAUCAAUUUGCUCAACCUUCAUCAAAUUGGUGGAUUCUUUUGAUGGGAUUCCCAAUGAACAUACAAUAGCCGUUCUAUCUUUUCUUUUCCUCAAACUUGGUCGCAAUUCAUUCUCACAUAUGAAGAGUAUUAUCCUUAAGUUGACAGAGAUCUAUACACAUGUUGAUGGCAGCAAGCAGAACACAGAUCGUCUACAAAUCUGUUUUGGCUGUGCUGUAGUUUCUAUGGGAGCUGAAAAUAUUCUAAGCCUUGUACCAAUUUCUUUUAAUGUGGAUAAUUUAACAUAUGCAAACAUGUGGAUGUUGCCCAUUUUAAAAAAGUAUACCUGUGGGGCAUCCCUCGGAUAUUUCACGGAGAAUAUUGUGCCCAUCGCUCAGUCACUCCAAAAGGCUUCUCGCAAAGUUAAAAAGUCAGAAAUAGGACAAGAUCUGCAGGCUCUUGGCCAUGGUUUAUGGGGUCUUUUACCUGCAUUUUGUCGCCAUCCAAUUGAUGUCAGCAAGAGUUUUCAAUCCUUUGCGAAAUUGAUGCUCUUCCAGCUGAAGAAAAAUGCAUCCAUGCGUGAAGAUAUUGCUGAUGCCUUGCAGGAGCUUGUUAGACAAAACAAGUGCUUUCCUAAAUUUGAUGCUGCUAUUGUUGAACCUGUAAAGCACUCACCUGACUUUUCAUUGGAAGAUUAUCUAAUGGAGAAAAGAAAAUCAUUCUUUUAUUCCAAGAAAACUGCUAUAAAAAACAUUAAGGCUUUGGCGUUGUAUUCUUGUGAACUGCUUCUGGCUCUGAUGACUGUUUUUCUUGAUUCAAAACCUGCAAAGCGUACAUCUCUGAAGAAAGCUAUCAGUUGCUUGGCCUCAAUUUCUGAUUCUUCUUCCACCAAGAAGAUUUUUUUUUCGUCUCUGGAGAGGUUCCCAGUGGUGAAGACUGUUUCUGUAUCUGAAGAUUCUGAUCCAUCAAACUUAUUACUUAGUGAUGUGCCAUCGGAUUCAAGCUCUGUAGAUGAUAAUUCACAGUGGCCUUUGAUACUGGAUUUAGCUUCAUCCAUUGUGGAGGGAGCUGAUGAGGAUCUUGUCGGUCUGAUCUUUAGAUUGACAAAGCACGCGCUGCAGUCUGGUGAUGACAAAUGUAUUGCUGAAGCUUAUUAUACUUUGAGCUGUAUUCUAGAGGAACACCCUUGGUUCUGUUCUUUGAAAAUGGAUGAGCUUGUGGAUCUUAUAAUUGGCUUGAAGUCUCCUGCUGAUAUUGCUUCUUUCAGCAAUCGCCUAAGUUGUUUUCACUUAUUGUUGGUCCAUGCUUUAAAGAGCAAUUCUGAUGUGGAGAACACACAACCUUUUCAAAUUUUAAAUGAGAUUAUACUUGCUCUAAAAGAUUCCAGAAAAGAGGCCAGGAAAAUAGCUUAUGACUUCUUGCUCAGAAUAAGUUCUUGCUUAGUAGAUUCAUCUGCCGCAGAUCCUGAUGGUCCAUACUACAAACUGAUUACUAUGGUUAUGGGGUAUCUCUCUGGCCCAUCACCUCAUGUUACAAGUGCAGCCAUCGCUGCAUUGUCUAUGUUUGUAUUCAAGGAACCGGAGCUCUGUGUGAAAAUUCCAAAUGUAGUUUCCUCUGUUGUAUCUUUGCUACAGACUAAAGCUGUGGAAACUAUCAAGGCUGUUUUAGGCUUUAUCAAAGUAUUGGUUUCAUCUCUAGAAGCAAAAGACAUGCAUAAUUUUUUACCAGCUAUUGUUGAUGGAGUUCUCCCAUGGUCAUCUAUCUCAAGACAUCAUUUCAGAUCAAAAGUUACUGUGAUACUAGAGAUCAUAAUACGAAAGUGUGGCUUUCCUACAAUUAAGUCUGUGACUCCUGAAAGAUACCAGUCAUUCGUGAGAAAAGUUUCUCAGAAUCGUCAUGGGAACACAAACUCCAAGGAAGCUGAUUCAGCUGAUGCGAAGCCACAACUAUCAAAUAUUCAGACAAACGGGUCAAAGAAGAGGUCAUAUAACGAGGCAAAUGACAAUGGAAGAGAUUCAAAAUUGCCGAGGAACCAUAGGAGGAAACAUAUGCAAGAUUUUCAGUCUGCCGGAGGCUCUAGGAGAGCUGAUGUGGGAGCUGAUAGAAAGACCAAUCAAUUUAAGCGUAAUAAUUCUAAAACAGGUCAAAAUCAAAAAGGACAGAAAUUCGAUCGAGCCUCUGGCAGUAUUCAAAAGAGACCUGGACCAACGAAUGGCCAUACCGGAAGAUUUGGCCGAAAGUCAUAAUCAUGCAGGUGUUGGCAAAGUUUUGAAAAUAUAGCUGACAAAACAUAAGCGAAAUAGAACAGUGAAUACACAGCUUCAGUUGAGUACACACCUGCCCUUGUAAAACAGGGUGACUCGUUAAUGAAGUUCAUCUCGCAAAAGGUAAGAUGCGUAAGAUUGUCGAUCAGAAAACAACCCACUUUAUAGGUAGGGUUGUUUGAAUAGCUUCUGAAACUGUUAAGCACAGCUACAAUAUAGUUGGCUUGUAAAAUUUUGAUUGAGAAAGGUUUAACCUUCUUAAAUGAAAUCGAUCUUCGUAUGCAUUAGCUGCAGCUUUGAGACUUUAAGUGGUGUAGAUAGUCUUGAUACUUCUCGUUGGAUUCAUUAACUAUUAGGAGCUGCAUAGGAAGAACAAUAAACUGUGAUUUAUGAGGCUUAAAAGUUUUGCUUGGCGUGUUUUAUGUUUAA